AUGUCGGUCUUCUGUCCGCCGGGUUGCGCCAAAUUGGACCACCAAGUCUACGGCACGUGGGUGUACAAAGAGGAGUCUCACAUCUGCGCCGCCGCCAUUCACGCCGGCGUCAUCGCUGACAAGACUGGAGGACAGUGCACCUUGCUGAAAGCGCCGCCGGAGAAGAGCUUCAAAGCAUCCAAACAGAACGGAAUCCUCUCCAAACAAUUGAACCAAGAGGGGCCUUUGGCUUUCACGUUUGCCGACGGAGAGAUGAGAUGCUUGGGACCUGAGUGGGAGGAGUUUGCCGGCUUUUGCUACAACAUUUUUGAGGACAAGAAGACCUGGGCCGACGCUCAGCACGCCUGCGGGACUUCUGGCGCCCAGCUGGUGUCCGUGGGUUCCCUAGUGGAGCAGGAGUGGCUGAAGACGACUUUGUACUUUGAUGACAGCGACACGUGGACCGGACUCAAUGACCUGGCUGUUCCCGGCAUGUUCGUGUGGUCAGACCGCCGCCCUUGA